GCAUUGAAAAGAUAGCAUGUAUGUUUAUUUAAUUUUACUCCAUAUCUUAUCGUGUACCCAACUUGGGUAAAGGUAGCAUUGGUAGGAUUCACUACUACAAAGUUAGUAAUAUUUGAUGUAGCCUGGGUAUCUAGAAUUUGAUUAAAGAUUUGGCCAAAUUUUGUCGGCUGAGCUGAGCAAGAUGGGCUUCUAGCAGAGUAACAGGAAUAUUAUUAUACACUCAUGUCCUAUUCGUGUAUUUGGCAUUUAGUGGAAGCCAUGAUAUAAAUUAGUUACGAGGAUGUCAUGUAAAGGACUCAAUUAGAUUGCUCCACUAAAAGUAGUUGAUUCAAUAUCAAUAAUAUUAUCAUGAUUUAUAAGUUUACAUUAUUAUUACUUCGUAGUAGGGUAUAAAUAAUAUUCCAAUCACAUCCUUUGCUCUAUUUUAUUUAAAUGGGCAGGUACCCUUUAAUUUCGUUUUCAAUGAUCAAAUUCAAACUUUCCCUAGCUGCUUCUAGAGAGUAUAAUGCAAAAGUCACGUUUUUCGCGAUUGUUAGAGUUGAAUACCCCACUAAAUUAGUGUAGGCCUAUGUAAUACAAAUUGUUGCUGCUAUAAUUGGUUCUUGUUUGAUGCUUGCCUCCCUCCCAUUCUGAGAUGGAGAUUUAAGAUCAGUUGCUCUUGUUAAACUGCUCUGAUUGUUGGCUGGAUGAUUGUUUCCAUCUAGCGUCUGUCGUAUAAAGAGGGACCGGAGGUUGUACACUAACAGCAGCACAAUAUUGUAUAUGGUAAUGGCUCCUUCGUCUUUAAUUAAUGGUGUUGGCGGUAGUAGUGCAGUCCAAAUAAUUGAGUCAUUCUACAUUUCCCUCCCACCUGCCACCACCACUCCACAUUCAUAUUCUCUCCCUCUGACUUUCUUUGACAUUCCUUGGCUUCAAUAUCAUCCACUCCAACCUCUCUUUUUCUUUCAACUUGCACCUGUAUCUGUUUCUUUUUUGGAAUUCAGUUCUAACAUCCUCCCUAGACUCAAACACUCCCUCUCGUCUGCCAUGCAAUAUUUCUUUCCCUUUGCCGGUAAACUCACGACUACACAUACUCUCCCGGAUAAUCUAGUUUUCUUGACAGAGAAUGGGAAAUCAGAUUCAGUUGGUUUGACUGUUGCGCUGUGUAAUGCUGAUUUUAAUGAUUUAAGCAGCUAUGCCUACAAGUCUGCUUAUAUCUUUCAACAAUUGGUUCCCUCAUUGCCAACAAUUGCAUCCUCCACUAUCAUUGCUUCCCCAGUUCCUUUAUUAGCCGUUCAGAUCACAUUCUUUCCUUCACCUUCUCCUGGUUUCUCCAUUGGCUUUGCUUCUCAUCCUGUACUUUGUGAUCAGAGGACCUUUAGUAACUUCCUUCACACUUGGGCUUCUUUCUCCAAGUUUGGUCAUCUAAACUUUUCAAUUGUCCCAACCUACCCUGCCUCCUUUGACAGGUCUGUGAUUCUCGAUUCUAAUGGACUUCAGUCUAUAAUGUUGGAGCAGUGGUUGGGCUUGGAGUCCAACCCAACCACGUCCAUGAAGAUGCUACCCCCUCCUGCUGCUGCUGCUGCUCAUGUCUCACUCCGGUCCACAUUUGUCAUGGGCUCAGCUGAUAUUGCUAAUGCUAAACGAUGGUUACAAGCUCAGUGUGACAAGCUCAACAGAUCCUACCCUGUUCUCUUGUCACCCUACGUUGUCACUUGUGCCUUUGUGUGGACCUGUUUCUUAAGAGCCCAGGUCCAAAACAGUGUUGUUACUAAAGCCAAAACAAUGGGUCCGAUGUACUUUGGAUUCAUUGCAGGUGGUAUUACCCGUUUACCCUAUCAGGUAUCUGCUAAGUAUUUUGGUAACUGUGUCGGGUUUGGACGGGCAGUAGCAAUGAGGGAGGAGUUACUGAAGGAAGGUGAGGGCAUGUUGGCAGCUGCUGAUGCAAUUGGGCAAACCGUGAAGAUGUUGGACAGUGAUGUUUUAGGAGGAGCCGAGAGGUGGAUAUCUGAAUGGCAGACAUUAAUUGAGUCUGAAGAUCAUAUUCAUGUGGUUGGGUCGCCCAAGGUGAACCUGUAUGAGACGGAUUUUGGGUGGGGGAAGCCAAAGAAGAUUGAAGAAAUUUCAAUUGAUGGAACCAGAGCCAUCUCUCUUACACAGAGCAGAGACAUGAAAAGUGGAAUUGAAAUAGGGCUCACUUUGUCCAACUUCAUUAUGGAUGACUUCUAUUCUAUCUUCACUCAAGGCCUUCGUGUUUUUGCCCAGUGAGGCUGGCCAUCCAUUACAUGCUUGUCAAGACCGUUGAGAGUUCAAGUUAUGGCGUUGUACAGUAUGUAUUCCGUUGUCCAGCAUCGUUUAUUUGUAAUAAGUAAGCCUUAUUGUUAGACUAUAGACUGUCAAAAACUCUCCCCUGAUCAAAGCUUUAGGCUAUAUUGUUCCGUUCUUUGAGUGUUAAUUUCCUUUUUUUAUUAAUCAAUGUCUUUAUUUACUUUGUUAGACCCUAUUCUCUCUGCCUUAAAAUAAAUAAUAUUAAAAAAAAAUCACUCCAAACCCUAAAAUUUUCUAUAUUCUCUCUUUUCAAACCUAGCCACUAUAAUAAAACGUAGGGGUUGCCAUCGAUUUUUAACGAUGGUAAGCCCCAAAUUCUUCUUUAAUUUAAUGUUUUUAGCCAAUAAAGAUCACCAACAGUUUGGUGAUUAUAGUCAGUCAUUUGAAAGAUUCGUCUUGCAAAUUUGUGGAAUUGCGGGUCUGUUGGUAUAGGGGUGUAGAUUUAGAAGAUUCGUCUUGUAAAUUUGCAGAUCUUGAUGACCAAUCAAGUUUUUUCACUUUUGCAACUAUACAUUAAUGGAGCUACGUCAAGAACAAUGCAAAGACAUCUAAAAUUAUCCAGAGCAGUUCAGAAGCGAUAUCAUUAGUUUAGGGGUGUUUAAUUCUUGUAUUGAGAAUUUAGAUCUCUUAAGGGAUGAUUAUAAGUGCCGAAUGACUAUUAUUAUUUUAUGAAAUUACCCCUUCCUAUUUCAUUCAAAAAAAAAAAAAAU